AUGUUGUCACGGGGGUUCAAGCUCUCCACCCAAGCUGGUCUUAAAAAGCCAAAGAAGAAACGCAUUGCUAAGGUUUCUGCUGCUAUUGAACCCUCUCCUCAGGGGGAGUGCAUGGAGGUUGUGGCUACUGCUAGUCUUGGGGAUAACCCCAAUGUACCUGCUGAAGAAUGUGCUCAGGAGUUGUCAUUAACUCAGUUUGGCGAGCUAUUAUUCUCUCUUUGGGGGAUUUGGAAGGAAAGAAACGACCGGAUUUGGAAUCAGAAGAAGUCUCAGGUUGUGGAUGUCAGUGUGGGACUUGCGUCAAGGCUGCAAGAAUUUAGAUUCCACAGUUUGAAACCGUCCCCGCCUAAAACCAGAGGCAGGGUGGUGUGGAGAGCUCCUCCGGUGGGAUUGGUGAAGAUCAAUGUUGAUGGGGCAUUCCAUCAUGUCUCUCGGAAAGGGGGAUUGGGGUUUGUCUUCAGGAAUGAGGAUGGUAUCAUGCUGGGAGGUGGUGCUUGUCGAUUGAGUGGCUUGAUAUCUCCGGAACACGCUGAAAUCUUGGCCUGCAAGGUGGCUUUGGAGUUUGCGGUGGAGCAUGGCUUUGGGCCAGUUAUGCUGGAGACUGAUGCAAUGGAGAUUCAGCGUCAACUCUCAGCUCAUGAUUCUGUUAAUACAUCAUUGCUUGGCAGAAUAUAUGAAGAUGUUAGGUUGCUGCUGGAGGCUCAGGUCUUACAUGUGAAUCACAUAGGUAGGCAUGGAAAUAUGGUGGCCCAUUUGCUAGCUCGCCAUGCUUGUUCUCUAACAGAGGAUGAAUUUUAUUUUUCAGUCCCCGAUGUUUUACAAGCUGUGAUUGCAGCUGAUAUUUGUGCUUUGUAA